ACUUCAUUGACGCCUUCUUCUACUUUAUACACGUCAUUAGUACGCGACGAAAUCUGUCCUUCUUGCUUCGUCGGCACUGAUGAAAUCGAUGAAGCCUACAGCUUCCUUCCAUUUGUUCUUCACCAUUAAGAAGCCCAGCGGCGAGGGCGAUGAGCCUCGUUACACUCUAGGUUUCAUGAUCCUCGCUAUCCGAUGUAUUUCGUAGGCGGUGAUCAUUCCCUCACCCGUGGCUAAUCGUCUCUGUUUUCAACGCUCCGUUGAAUCAUCGGAGCUCUGCCUUUCUAAGCAACUCCAUUUUUCGAUUUACGAUUGGUGGAUGUACUUAGAUUCGAAUUUGGUUGGAGUGUGUAUGCUUCUGAUUCUUAUUGGGAUCUGAUGAUUAGAUCUUCCACAAUUUGGUCGAUUUUGCUCUUUUGAUCUCUCUUCCUAGAGUUAUCAAAGUAUCUAAAUUGGGAGACUAGCGUUGAAAGAUCUGAAUUAAUUCAGGGGUAUUUCUUGUUUGUGCCUUUGAUUUAAUUUGAAGGAGGACAUUGAGGCCCUGGUCUUCAUUGAUUGAUUUCCCAAAUCCCAAUGGUUGUUGAUUGUCGGAGCUUGAUCGAAUUCUGCAGGGCUUUUGAGCACCAGGCUGCUCAAAAUGCCAUGGCUUCAUCGGAGCAACGGAGCAGCUCCAAUCUGUUUCAAAGGAAGAGGGGGAAAUCCUUGAACCCUUUAUCCCAUCCUUUCUGCGAGCACUCUCCCUUUGCUGCCAUCGAUAUUGUCAUACUUCUUCUUGUUCUUGGAGCGCUUGGGUUUCUCUCAGUCCCCUACUUCAAGUUAAUCUUUCAUGAGGCCUGCGAGCUGCUUCCUUUAACCUUCGAACUGGUCGUGGAAAUUAUUUAUGAUACACCUGUAGCAUAUGCUGUAGGUCUAGUCGUUACAUCUACUGCAAUGAUUGCUGCGUGGGAGAUUAUUGAUUUUAAAUCCAGAAAAUGUGGGAAUCCUGCUUGCAGAGGUCUGCGGAAGUCAGUUGAAUUUGAUAUCCAGCUGGAGUCUGAAGAGUGUGUUAAGUGUUCGCCUCAUGCACUUAAGGAGACAGCCUGCUCGCUAGAAUUAGGGCAGGAUCACAAGGAGCUGGAAGCCGAGCUGAAGAAGAUGGCGCCUCCUAAUGGUCGUACUGUGCUUAUCUUUCGCUCACCUUGUGGGUGCCCCGCAGGCAGAAUGGAGGUUUGGGGGCCUAAAAAAGUCCGUAGAAUCAAGAAGUAAUUACUUGUUACUUGCUAACCGGUCUUCAAUUGCGCCAAAAUCUAUACUGAAUUACAAGAUUAUGUAUUAUCUUUUUCCUUUUUCCUAUUUGUUAGCUACCUAAAAUAAUUGGGGGUCACAUCUUGUGUUGGGAAUCUUGUAACUUUUACUUUCUAUAAAUUUUAACUCGGUAUAUUUCAUAUUCUG